AACUUCCACAUUGUCGAAACCGUUGGGAGGGAAACUCGAAACUGUUCUCUGUUGUGACCAUACUCCUUCUCCAAAACCAACAAUGGAAUCAGCAACUUCAUAGUCAGAACAAAGUGACAGACAGAGAGUAAUAGAAACAGAAGGGUUUUGAAAUCUCUGUGUUUUUGUUUUGUUUUGUUUUAUCGACAAUGAUCGAAUGGACGAAGCGAUUGAACGCUGCAUUUGGGGCUUCAUUUCUUUGGCUGAUUUGCUUGGUUUACUUCACCCAGGGUUUUAGGUCCUUUGUCUGGACAUCAAUUUCCUACCAGCUUAAGGAUAAUCUUAAGUUGUCACCUUCAGCUUCCCAAUUUGUGAUUUCAGUAGCAUUUUUUCCAUGGAGCAUCAAACCAUUAUAUGGAAUAAUUUCUGAUUGUAUCCCAAUCAAAGGAAGAAAACGGGUUCCCUACUUAGUGAUUGCAACUGUGCUCUCCCUUGUGCCAUGGUUGAUUUUAGGCUUAAAUUCAACAUUGAGGGAUUCAACAGGGCACCUAAUGGUAUUUUUGACUGUGCAAAACUUGGGCUCGGCCAUGGCAGAUGUUGUUGUUGACGCAAUGAUAGCGGAGGCAGUAAGAGAUGACAAGGCUUCAUAUGCAGGCGACCUCCAAUCAAUAUCUUGGUCUGCAAUGGCUUUGGGAGGGAUAUGUGGGAGUUUGUCAGGGGGGUUUGCAUUAUCCAAUUUACGGAUGGAUGCUAUUUUUCUUCUAUUUUCUGUGCUGCCUUGCAUGCAGUUGUUAUCAUGCUGGUUUGUGGAGGAGAGCUCUGUAAAUAGCAAAGUUUUACCAGAGGAUUCUAUUGAUUCACAUACGAAUGAUAGUAGUAGUAUCCCAGAUGAAGAUAGUCCUUUAACCAAAAAGUCCCACAAGAGUACAAGAAGAAGAAAGAACGGCAAAAAGAACAAGAAAAAUAAAGCAGUAAAUACCAGCAAACCCAAAAAAUUUGAGAAAGGAGAUUCCAUGGCAUUAAAGUGGUUCCAUUCUUUGAAAGAUGCAAUUUAUGAUUUGUGCCGUGCGUUUAAACAGCCAACGAUUUGGAGACCUAUGACUUGGUUUUUCCUUGCCCACAUUACUCUUCCCGAUCUUUCAACAGUCAUUUUCUACUAUGAAACCGAGGUUCUGAAGCUGGAAGCGUCUUUUCUCGGGACUGCCCGGGUUGUUGGGUGGUCAGGACUUAUGCUGGGCACCUUUAUUUAUAAUCGCCACCUGAAGUAUAUGACCCUAAGAAAAAUUCUCAUGUGUGCCCAUAUUGGGUUGGUCUUCUUGAAUCUUCUGCAGAUGGCUGUAGUGUCUAGGAAAAAUAUUGCCUUUGGAGUAUCUGACAGGGUUAUGGUGCUCUUUAGCUCGGCUCUUGCUUUUGGAGUCAAUCAAUUCAAGUUUAUGCCUUUCCUGAUCUUAUCUGGACAACUAUGUCCUCCUGGGAUUGAAGGGACUUUAUUUGCCCUUUUCAUGUCAAUAAACAAUUUGGGGUCAACAGUGGGGUCUUUUGUGGGUGCUGGCUUGGCUUCUAUAUUGAACAUUGAUUCAGGAUCAUUUGACAAUCUUCUAUUGGGCAUCACCAUUCAAACCUUGUGCUAUUGCAUUCCAGUUGCUUUUCUGUUUCUGAUACCAAAAGAAGCUACAGGUGUAGCAGCAUAGGUUACGAGUUAAUGACUACAAUUGAGAUUGACUUCAGUUACAUUAGUUUUUUCUAGGUCCAUCACAGCUGGUAUUUUACACUUGUAAACGGGAAAUGAGGAUUAUAUAAAUCUGGUUUAUACAAUUCUCUUUUGAUAAUCACAAAAUUAUUAUACUGAUUGUAUAUACUCUUGUAGCAACAAUUUUGGUCAGCAAGUCACUUUUUACA